AUGGCGCGUAAGCACAAGGUUGGAAAACACCGACUGGACAGGUACUACCACCUGGCGAAGGAGCACGGCUACCGCUCCCGAGCAGCCUUCAAACUGCUUCAGCUGAACCGACGGCAUGGUUUUCUUGGCCGCGCUUCCCGUGGUGUCGUGGACCUGUGUGCGGCUCCUGGCGGUUGGAUGCAGGUGUGUCGUCAGCACAUGCCCGUUGCGGCGCCGUGUAUUGGUGUUGAUCUCGUUCCGAUCGCUCCUAUUCGCAACUGCACGACUAUUGUCGCUGACAUCACUUCCGAAAAGUGUGUGCGGUUGAUAAGAAAUGCACUCACUUCCUUUGGCGAGGUGCUUGAUCCAAGCGGCCGCGUGGCAACUGGUGAUCUCGGUGUGGACGUAGUGCUCAGCGACGCCUCUCCAAAUAUGGGCACCGCUUGGCUACAAGACGCCUAUAACCAGGUGGAACUGACGCUCCACGCCUUGCGGAUUGCGAGCACGCUUCUCCAGAGAGGCGGCUGGUUUGUGAGCAAACUCUUCCGUAGCGCUGACUCGGAAGCCUUUCUGCUCGUUGCGCGUCGUCUCUUUCAGCGAGUAUACGUUACCAAGCCACCGGCUAGCAGGCAACAGUCUGCGGAGAUCUACGUCGUCUGUAAGAGCUAUUUGGCUCCAGCGCGGCUCGAGGCGAACCUAUUCGAUCCUCGGCAGGUUUUUCGGGAGUCGACGUCUCAUGCGAAUGCAGUGGCUGACGUAGCUUCCCCGGAUGAUGCUCGUCAACGGCAGCAGUUGCAAAGCAAGGACAGAAAGUUUCGCCGCCAGCUCCUCUCUGGACGCCGAUCGGCCGUGCCCGACGAUGUCGAGGCCAUCAACGGCACAACCAAGUAUAGGACCUGUUCGCUGAGAACAUUUUUAGAGUCGUCAUUUCCGGGGAUAGUACUAAGUACCCAUAAUUCGAUUGAAAUUAUUGAAGAAGACGCGCUGCCUGAACCUGUUCGCCUUCUAGUCAACGCUGAAAUCAGAGCGCUUUGCAAAGAUCUCGGAGUCUGUGGACCGAAAGAUUUUCGCCGCCUCUUCAAGUUCUGGGAAACUUCCCGCCGCGUCCUGUUUUGUGCGGAAAAGAGCCAGAAGCAAGCAGGUAGUACUGUCCCCGAAUCUGGCGUUUCGGAAGAGCCGAUGGUGGAUCGGUCCGCGGCAUCGUCUACGAUGGCAUCCACUACGGGGCGAGAGAAGCGUUUGGAGGCCAAGGCCGCUCGAGAGCGUGCUCGAAAGCUCGAGCGCCAGAGGCAACGCGGGGCUCAUCUCGAUGCGAACGCCAACGUCGAUGAGGACACAGGUUUCUCGAAUCUGUUUUCGUUGCGUGAAGCGCGUGCUGCAAUGCAAACGGGGUAUUUUGAGGAAGUUGAAACGAGUGCAUUGGAAUCCAGCGCACUGGAUUCAGAACAAGAUGGAGCAGACGCGAGCGAAGAAAGUGGCUCUGACGCUGCCGGUGCACACAGCGAAAGCUUUGUAGACGAUCAGACGAUGUCCAGUGAUGACGAUGGUCAUGGUCAGGAUGCGUCCGUGAAUCUGAAUAUGUCCGCAGAUGAGCCAAUCCAGAGUGACAGUGAUGUCGACCUGGACAAUGAAAUCCAAAACGCACAGCAGCUGGUUUUAGAGGACGACCCCAAUAUUCCGACGCAGCUCAAAGCUGGAGCCCAGCGCUGGCUCCAUAGGCUCGGCAUUCGCUCACUGGACGCGUUGCAGAUUCCUGAUGCCGCAGAUCUCCUCCAGGCAUCAGUUCUGGAAGCAGAAAAUGCGAGCAUGCUCACUGACGCGCACUUGUCGGACUCGUCGACAUCGUCGUCGUCGUCGACAUCGUCGAGCGAGCCGGCAGAAGGACAUGGUUACCUGGGGAACACACCCGCCGCCACGCACGACCAGCACCAAUCGACAGUAACCCGGGAAGAUGCCAUCAGUGCCGAUGCAGGUACCAAUACAAACAAGAUUCGACAGCUGCUGGGUACCAUGGACGAGCGCACACGAGCAGAGCUGCGCACGAUCGCGCGUCACUACAUGCUUCGACGUUCGGGUCGCGAGGCGCUCAUCGAUUCUACCUACCAUCGUCAUGCGUUUGACGAUCCCGAGAGUCUCCCGCAAUGGUUUCUUGCGGAUGAGCAACGUGCACGAAAAGCACCGCAAAUCGUCGACCCCGCCGAGGUCGACGCUGCAAUUGCGCAGCUGGGGGCGCCCUUUGAACACCUACCAAAGCGCGUUCGGGAAGCCCGGCAGCGACGGCAGGCACGCCUCCAGCGGCGACUUGAGGCCGCUCGAGAGCGUGCCGAGGCCAUCGCUCGUGCGCCGGAGAUGAAUACGGCGAGCAAAAUACAGCAAGUUGCACGUGUGAUGCGUCGAGCACGCGCUCAGAGACGACAGCGGCCAGUGCUUGCGGUUCUGCAGGGCAAUCGCGCGGUGCCGCUAGCUGGCGGCCAUCAGAAACCCAAGUCACGGGGGCGCGUCCGAUACAAACUCGUUGACCGUCGACUCAAGGCCGACCUGCGUGGACGACGCAAAGCGCGCCGCUAA